AUGAUCACCACCACAUUUCCAGCCAUAUUCCUAACCCUAACCCUAAUCAUCUCCCUCUUUCAUCUCUCCUCUUCCCAACCCCCAAACCUCAUCCAAGACAUCUGCCAGCAAGCCGCCUUAGUCCCUCCGACCACAUUCAAGGACUGCGUAGCCACAUUGGCCUCGAAACCCGGCUCGCGGUCCGCCGAUCUCAAAGGUCUGGCCCAAAUCACCCUCAAAUCUGGCAUCGCCACUGCCAAAGAGGCCCAGAAAUAUGUGGAGGCCCGCCUUUUGGCCGCGACGCUGCCCCGUCUGGCCCGGCCCGCCUUGAAGAGCUGCGCAUCGUGGCUCUCAGCGGCUGCGGGUUCAUUUGGCGGUGCGCUGGUGGAGCUCGACGAGGACGUGAUGUCUGCCAAUUACGAUUCGAAGAUCGCCGGUGACGAUGCGAGAAGCUGCCGGGCGGCUUUGGCCGCCGGGAGAGUGUCGGAGCCGUCGCUGGAAGUUAGGGUUGGUUACCUGGUUUUGUAUAGCAAUAUCGCUGAUGUUAUCACUGACCGUUUGAUGACGUCUGGAUAG